GCACACAACAGGUUUUCGACUUUCGCGUACUUUUAUUUUCUAUACAUAAAAACUAUGACCAAUAAACGAAUAAAGUAUGCUAGUAUUGUGUCCCUACUGCUGGUGCCCGUGCAAGUGUGCCAUUCAAAAUUUGAAUUAUCAGCAUAUUCAAACUUGCACCUCGAGAAAUGAACCGCAGUACUUGAAACUUGAAAGUUGAAAACUAAUUUCUUCUCUUAUUCUGUUCUGUUGCAUGAACAAGCAAAUGCGACUCCCCCAUUGUCAGAAAUGAUACUUCUUCAUCUCCAAAUUUCCGCAAUUGUCUUUCUCUUGGCUUCUUCUGCUGCCUCUCUAACUCACGAUGGUCUAGCGCUCCUCGCCCUCAAGUCUGCCAUCGAGAACGAUCCCACUCGCGCCCUCCACUCAUGGUCUGAAUUUGACUCCACACCAUGCCACUGGCCCGGAGUCGUUUGCACUCGCAACCGAGUCACCUCCCUCUUCCUCCCCAACAGGGGUCUCUCCGGCUACUUACCUUCAGAGCUUGGCCUCCUCGACUCGUUGAAGCGACUAACACUCUCUCACAAUAACUUCUCUAAACCCAUUCCUGCCAAUCUCUUCAACGCCACCAAUCUCAUCUCUCUUGACAUUUCUCACAACUCUCUCUCCGGCCCCAUCCCGCCGCGUAUCAGAGCCCUCAACAACAUCACACAUUUGGAUCUUUCUUCCAAUCUACUCAAUGGGUCUCUCCCUGAAUAUCUCCUCGACCUCAAAUCCAUCGCAGGGACACUCAAUUUGUCAUACAAUUGCUUUUCCGGCGCGGUUCCAGCUUCUUACGGUAAAUUACCUGUCAUGGUGAGUUUGGAUCUGAGGCACAAUAACCUCACUGGGAGGAUACCUCAGGUGGGGUCCCUGGUUAGCCAAGGUCCCACUGCGUUUGCAGGGAACCCCAGCCUUUGUGGGUUUCCGCUGCAGACUCCAUGCUCAGAAGCUCAAAACCCUGCAAUUUUCCUGAGCCCUGAAAACCCACCGAACCCAAAAGACCCCAAAUUUGCUGUGUUCCGUGGGACUGCAGAGGGAGGGAAGGAGAACAAUGGGUUCGUGACCGUGCCCUUGAUUUCGGGCGUUUCUGUGGUGAUCGGUGUUGUUUCCCUUUCGGUUUGGCUCUUUCAUAGAAAAUGGGGAAACAGUAGGUCCAAAACAGAAAAAGAAACAAUGGGGAUUGACGGCAAUACCUCCGUGGAGGAGGAGGAAGAACGCGGUAAAUUUGUAGUCUUGGACGAGGGGUUUGACGUAGAAUUAGAAGAUUUGUUGAGGGCAUCGGCGCUUGUGGUGGGAAAGAGCCGGACUGGCAUAGUGUAUAAGGUGGUGGUAGGUGCCCGAGGAUCAGGCCUGAUACCGCCCAGGGCUGUUGCGGUAAGAAGACUGAGCGAGGGCGACACCACAUGGCGGCUCAAGGACUAUGAGGUGGAGGUGGAGGCAAUCGGGCGUGUCCAACACCCAAAUGUCGUCCGGUUAAGAGCUUAUUACUAUGCCAGCGACAAAAAGUUGUUGGUAACUGAUUUCAUCAACUAUGGGAACUUGUAUGCUGCUUUGCACGUAGGUUCUGCCACUACUCCGCCGCUCUCAUGGACAGCAAGGAUGGAGAUUGCUCGAGGGACUGCUCGUGGUUUAAUGUACAUACAUGAGUACGGUCAUCGUAAAUAUGUUCAUGGCAGUUUGAAAUCAACAAAAAUUCUUCUUGACGACGAACUCCAGCCGUGCAUCUCUGGUUUUGGACUUGUUCGUCUCGUCUCAAAACAUGAUUCAAAAUUUUCAGCUUCUUCUGCGGUUUACACGGCACCUGAGGCACGCAACUUUGGCAGCAAGAUAACUCAGAAAUGUGAUGUAUACUCCUUUGGAAUUGUGCUCAUGGAGAUUUUAACAGGUCGGAUGACUGAUGCAGGAGAAAACAAUGCAAAUGGACUAGAGAGUCUCGUGAGGCAGGUGUUUCGCGAGGAACGGCCCUUCUCCGAGAUUAUAGACCCAUCCCUUUCCCUUGAGGCAGCUCAUGCCAAGAAACAAGUCAUUGCAGCAUUUCAGAUUGCACUGAAUUGCACAGAACUUGACGCAGAGGUGCGCCCCAGGAUGAGGACAGUGUCCGAUAGUCUUGAUCGAAUAAAGUCCCUAUAAAAAAACGUAGUGUUGAUGUACUCUUCUUUUAGCUGGCUUGAUGUGAAUGUCAUUUUGGCUGUAGGGUUACUGGGAUGUCUGCCUCUUUAGAAGUUAUUUUAAGUUACUGCAUUCAUUCAGCUGCCCUAAUAUAACUUUAUUAGCAUAAA